AUGCAUCAUACACAGUCUCAACAUCUAGUGUUCGCGUUCACAUUAUCGGCUUUUAUAUUCCAACACAUGAGCGGAACUAUUGUGCGGGCACUCGGCUGGGACGAUGGCUACACACAACGUUUCCUAGCAAUCAACCCGUUGGGCGAUGAGGUGAAUCUCUACCAGACUGCAGGGGAGCACGACAUUACGAAGGUUCACUCAUAUAGUGGCAUUGACCAUAUCCAGUGCAUGUCCUACCUGCGACGCCAUGUUGGAUGGACUGGGGUCGGGACAUUGGAUGGAUCUGUACAUGUGUUUGAUAUGGCUGGCGGAGGCGGGUCAGUGCGGCUACAUGUGCGGCAAAGCCGGCCGUGCAAUGCUGUGACCUUCAAUGAUGGCACAUUAGUUGCAGCCUCCUUCGACAAGAGUAGACACGAUAGUCUGUUGCAAGUGUGGGAUAUGGCGCGGCAUGCUCGCGUCUUUGGUGCAGAUUCCGAUGGCGGCGGACGGGCGGCACACGGGUUUUUGGCCAACGAGGCCACGGUGCUGGCGGCGUUCGACCGUGCAGACCCGGGCGGCAUGCUUUUGAUGGCCGGAGGCUACAAACUGUUGCGCGAGUAUGACAUGCGCGACCCUGGUGGGGCGCCUGUUUUCCAGGUGGCCACCCGCUGCACGCUGGGGCUUGCAUUUGAUCAUUUCCUGCCCCACGUUUUUCUGUCAGUGGCCGAGGAUGGCCUGGUGGCGAUAUGGGACCGACGCCGGCUCACCUCAGGCGGGCAUGCUGCGCCUGCUUUACAUUUUGCCAAGUUAGUUGCUGCGCUGGUGCGGCGUGGCCACGCACCUUGCAUGCGGCACCUGACAGUGCGCCGCGGUGAGUUUGCGGCAGUGUUCAACGGUAAUCUCAUUCGGCGAUGGAACACAGGCUGUGUGCCCAAGAUGGACGAAGCCUCGGCGCCCACCUUUUUGCCGCCGGCAUCUUCGUUGUCUACUCUGUCAGCAUCUGUUGUUGCCAGCUUAAAAGCGCAAGCGGCCGAGAUGUACGCGCCGUCUGAAGAGCUGAUGUUCGUGGCGCUUGUGCUUGACUGCAAAACCGAGUGGCCGCGAGUGGCAUCAUUCGACUACCUGCCCGACACGACGCUGCGCACGUCAACGUCAUUUGUGUGCUUGCGCGAAAAGGGCCUGGUUUUUCGCAUGCCUGUAGUGGAAAGCAUCGAAGCAUUGGACUUUGACCCGCACAAUGGCUUCGCGCUAGCUGGGCCAGAGGGCACGCAUUCACACACAGUGCCGCCGCUUCCGCAGUCAUCUACCAGCCCACACUCGCCCCGCUCGUCUCGCUCACGCUUGCUGACACCCGAUUCUUCUGGCGUCCGUGCACAUUCGCCGGCAUCAUCGCAUUCGUCGUCGCCACCAGCAGCACCUCUUAGGCAUAUGUGGGCGCUCGAUGAUGUUUUACGCAGCGACGUAUGUUCAGCCGCACGGGCGCGCGCAGAAGCCGACUAUGGAGCGGACUGCGACGCCAAUGCAGUGGUGGUGGCCACAGAUGAGGCGGCCGGCGCAUCACUGCUGCUUCGCCAUACAUGGCAGUGGCUUCUGCUUGCCAAGCGCCUGUUGGACAAGGGAACAAUGGUGCGUGAUGGCGUGGACUUGGGUUAUGUUGGAGUAUUGGCGGUAUGGGAAGGAGCAGAGGAGCUACAAGGCCAGACACGUGACGCACACGGCGGAACUGUUGAAGAAGCACGGUUUGCAAGCGCAGUACGCGCCAUUGUAGCAGCCAAGGGCGACAAGAGCGCAGGCAUCAGUGUCUCUGAGACUGCGCACCGCGCACAGCGCCAACUCUGCCUUCUCGUGUGCGGAUGGUACCUUGCAGCGAACGAGCUAGACGCGCAAAUCGACCAGUUGGCGCGCGACGGCCAUGUGGAGAAGGCGGCAGCAUGGGCUGUGUUCCACGGCGAUGUUGCGCGAGCCAUUGACAUUCUCGCCCAUGCUAAACACGAGCAACUUCAGGUUAUAUCUACUGCGGUUGCCGGAUACCUCGCUUACAAAGACUCCCGCGUCAACUCACCGUGGAAUGAUCAGUGUCGUAAAUUGGCGCUGGACUUGGACCAUCCAUACUUGCGUGCCAUAUUCGCAUUUAUCGCCGAUAAUGACUGGUGGGAUGUUUUGGACGAACACGCGUUGCCGUUGCGCGAGCGACUUGGCAUCGCCAUCCGUUUCCUCUCCGAUAAGGACUUACAUGUCUAUUUACACCGUGUAGCAGACACGGUAGUGGCACGUGGAGAACUCGAGGGCCUAAUAUUGACAGGACUUACUCCGCGGGGCGUGGAUCUUCUUCAACUGUAUGUGGACCGCACAUCCGACGUGCAAACAGCUGCCUUGAUGGCCGCGCACGCGGUGCCGCGCUAUUUCCGUGACUCUCGUGUCGACCAUUGGACUGACUGUUACCGGCUGUUGCUCAAUCUGUGGGGAAUGUUUCGCACCCGUGCACGCUUCGAUGUGGCACGCACUCGCUUGGCCCGCACAUCAUGGGGUUCCCCUGCGCUCCGCCCGCCGCCGCGCCUGGUGUACCUCCAGUGUCAGCGCUGCAACAAGAACAUGUUCUCGGGAAAAGCGCCUAAAGCGCGCGCUCCGAUGCACAAACAGUUAGCACGACUCAGUCUAAAAGGAACAGAUCUUCCAGUAACACUGUGCCCUCAUUGUGGUGCGUCUUUGCCACGAUGUGCCAUUUGUCUACUCACUCUCGGAACCUCAGUGCCAGGCGUGGUGCGCGACCUGGAUGCUGCGGGCGAUACUGGAGCCAGCCAUUUCGGCAAUAAGUUCAGUUUUUGCCUCACAUGUAACCACGGCUACCAUGCCCACCACGCAGAGGAGUGGUUCAGCAAACAUUACGUGUGCCCAGUUCCAGACUGCAACUGUCGCUGUAAUAGCAAAUAA